UCACAACACAUCCCAUCCCCCACUUGCUUUCUUUGUUUCUUUUUCUCUGUCACCCACUCUGUUUUCUCAAACUUCACUUCUUUCCAUCUAAAAGGGAGGAUCAGGAAGACAUGGGAGCAGCUAAAGUUCUUGUUAUUUUGGUGGCAAUAAUCCAAUUGGUGUCACCAUGGAUGGGACUAACAACAGCUUCAGGAGCUGAUGCUUUUGCCCCUUUUCUCUCCCCUUUCACAAAUGGAUUGUGUGAUGGAGUGGAUUGUGGGAAAGGAACCUGCAAAACAUCAGAAAGCCAUCUAUUUGGGUUUACCUGUGAAUGCAAUCAGGGAUGGACUCAAUUCCAUAUUGGAGACCACUUUAGAUUCCUCCCAUGCAACAUCCCAAAUUGUACUGUUGAUUAUUCUUGCUCUAAGGAUAUUGCUCCUACAGCUGCUCCACCAGAAUCAACACCAUCAAAUCUGUCUCUAUUUGAUCCAUGUUUAUGGAGUACCUGUGGAGGAGGUGAGUGCAGGAAGACAGGAGCCUAUGAUCAUAAGUGUGACUGCAAGGCUGGAUACAGCAACCUGCUGAACAUUUCUAGCUUUCCCUGUUUAAAAGAAUGUUCUCUGACAGGAGAUUGUGCAAAACUAGGCAUCACUUUGUCAAAUUCCACUUCAUCAAACACAACAGAUAACAGUUCAUCUAGUGGUACCAACAGUGCUUCCUUUAGGUCAAAGAACUUGGUGUGGUUGUUCAUCAUCUUAACAUCUCUAGUCAUGGUUAGAGCUGCAUAGAUACAGAGAAAGAGAGACAGAUUAAUUUUGCAUCAGGAGAUUCAUCCUAGGCCAGUACUUUUCUUUGUAAUAAAAAUUUUAUUAUUGAUGAUUUGUGUUUAGAGAUGAUUGAGUAGAAUUAUAAUAAGACUGUUCCUAUCUGUUCACAUCUUUUUCUGUACAAUAUGAGAAUAAAUUUUAUGAUUGAUAUUGUAAUAUA